GACGUUUGCUAUUGGUCUCUCUUCUUGAAAACUUUUGUCUAUUAUAUGAUACUAAUCCUGAUGGAAGUCGUAAAUUGUUUUACGUCAUUUGUAAAAUGUUGAGUGCUAUGGGAAUUAUCGAGGAAGAGUACAUCGAUGAAAUGUCCACCGUUCGAUCUUCGUAUCAAUGUGCAUUCAAAGCCUUGGUCGUUCAAGCAUUGAAUUCCAUUAAACAAGAACAAAUAAUGAUGGAAUCUCACAUGAUUAUGCCUCCGACUUCGGUAUCUGGUAUUCCUGAAAACGGAAAAUCUUCUCCUGUAAAUCAUGACGAGAUUAA